AUCCGAUAUUUGACGCUGGCAAAAAUAUCACGUUUUAAAGUGAUCGAUACUGGCAUUAUAUCGAUAGUUUAGGCGUCGCUAAUUGUGAUUUGCAAUUUCACUUUGCCUACUUCAUACGUGCAUAUUUUUUAUACAAAAUUAAAUUAAAUAUAAUCAGAAUAUAGCUCAGCUCACGAUAUAGCAACAAUGUCGAAUACGCAAGCGACAGUUACCGCAUACCUGGCAGCACAAAAGAAGACCACAAACAAAGAUCUCGCUGCCGAAUGGACCCUCAUCGAGGAGCUGCACAAUGAAAAAUUGUGGAACGAGCUGACAAUCAAGCUUGUAACAUUCGUGCGCCACGAAUCGCUGCAGGACGAAACAGCUCUGCUGCAGCUCUAUCAAAACUUUAUCUCCACCUUCGAAACAAAAAUUAAUCCAUAUGGGCUGAUUCAAAUACUUGAGGUGGUCGUGGAUAAUAUAAGCGACAAAAAGGAGGCCAUUGAUUUCCUGGAGAAAAUGAAGGAUAAAGUUAAAAUAUGCGAUGAGGCCGUCUGGUAUCUGCAAGUCAUGCAGGGUAAUCUAUAUCUAAGCAAUCUGAACGAUUUGAAUGCUACCAAAAAGAUCAUCGAGGAGUUGCGCGACGUCCUGGAGGAAGCCGGCAACGUAACGCCAGUCCAUGGCAAAUACUAUAUGCUGGCCUCACAGUACUAUCGCCGCGUGGGCAAGCACAGCGAAUAUUAUCGCUGCGGCCUGCAGUUUCUGGGCUGCUCGCUGGACGACUAUCCGCGGGAUCAAUGGGCGCAGCAGGCGUUCUUUUUGGGUCUGGCCGCUCUGCUGGGCGAUGGCGUCUACAACAUCGGUGAGCUGUUGGCGCAUCCCAUUUUGGAAUCCCUACAAAAUACGGAAAACGAAUGGCUCGUUGAAUUACUGAAGGCCUUCAAUACGGGCGACAUAAACAAAUUUAAUGAGAUGAAAACUAUUUGGUCUAAAAUACCCGAUUUGGCUGCUCAAGAGGUUAAAUUGCGUCAGAAGAUUUCACUGCUCUGCCUCAUGGAGAUGACCUUUAAGCGUUCGGCCAUCGAGCGUGCCAUUUCCUUUGCCGACAUCGCCCGAGAGACAAAGCUGCCGCCCAAAGAGGUCGAGUUUCUGAUCAUGAAGGCUCUGGCUCUCGAUUUGGUGCGCGGCGAGAUCGAUCAGGUCGCCGGCGUGGUCAACAUGUCCUGGGUGCAGCCACGCGUGCUGAAUCGCUCACAAAUCGCUGGCAUGGCCAGCACACUGGACACAUGGAUGGGCGCGAUCACAAACAUGGAAAAGCUUAUGGAAAAUCGUGCUGCCGAAAUUCUCACAAACUGAUUAUAGGUUUUCUUUAAUUUCCAUUUGCGUAUAUCCCUUUUGUAUUAAACCAACACGCAUGCCGAAUGCCAA